AUGGUGGAUGAAGCCAUGAAUCUAUUUGGACAAAUGCAUUGUAGAAACAUUAUUCCUAAUGUGGUAACUUACAGUUCUCUUGUUGAUGGUUUGAGCAAAUCAGGAAGAAUCUCAUAUGCUUUAAAGCUUGUCGAUGAGAUGCAUGUUAGGGGUCAACCUCCUAAUAUAAUUACUUACAAUUCAUUAUUUGAUGCUUUAUGCAAAAAUCAUCUUGUUGAAGAGAUUGCAUUGUUAAGAAAAGUUAAAGACCAGGGUAUUCAACCCAAUUUGUGUACAUAUAAUAUUCUUAUUAAGGGAUUGUGGCAAAGUGGAAGGCUUAAGGAUGAGGGUUUUCAGAAUCUUUUAAUUAAAGGCUAUAAUUUAGAUGUCUAUACUUAUACCGUUAUGAUCCAAGGGUUGUGUGACAAGGGUUUGUUAGAUGAAGUGUUGGCAUUGCUGUCAAAAAUGAAAGACGGUUUCUGCGUUCCUAAUGUUGUAACUUACAAUAUAAUCGUUUGUUCUCUGUUUAAUAAAGGUGAAAAUGAAAAGACAGAGAAACUUCUUCGUGAAAUGACUGCGAGAGGUCUACUGGAAGAUGGGAACUAG